AUGGCGGUGGCGGUGGCGGAGGCGGAGGCGGAGGCGGAGGCGGAGGCGGAGGCGGAGGCGGAGGCGGAGGCGGAGGCGGAGGCGGUGGCGGAGGCCGAUGAAGGGGAAGAAAGAGAAAGAUUGGGUUCGUACAAGGGUGAAGUUAGGGUGGUAAAAGAGGCAGCAGAAGAGAUACUGCUCCUCUGGGCCCUGCAACAACCCACCUCGCAUACACAAAAUUCAUUUGUCAGACACACCUCUCUCCAACUCAACCUCCAAGCAUGCGGCCGCAAUCUCACCAUUUUCCAGUCCCCUUCCUCCAUGAGCACACCAGGAGUGACAGGAGCUGUGACGUGGGACAGUGGAGUUGUUUUAGGGAAAUUCUUGGAGCAUGCUGUGGAUUCUGGCCUUCUUGUGCUCCAGGGAGCAAAAGCUGUUGAACUCGGUUCAGGAUGCGGUUUAAUCGGUUGUAUCGCAGCUCUUCUCGGUGCUCAAGUUAUAAUGACAGAUUUGCCUGAUCGGCUGAGACUGCUCAAGAAAAACAUUCAAACCAACCUCCUUGACAUUGGAGGUAUACGGGGUUCUGCAACUGUGAGCAAGCUCACAUGGGGUGAUGACUUGGAUCGUGACUUCACCGACCUUUUGCCCAAUUAUGUGCUCGCCUCAGACGUAGUCUACAAUGAAGAGGCAGUCACUGAAUUAUUGAUCACUUUAAAGCAUCUUUCUGGGAGCCAUACAACUACUUUCAUGGCAGGAGAGCUACGAAAUGAUGCUGUGCUCGAAUACUUCUUGGAAGCUGCAAUGGAAGAAUUCAUAGUUGGACACGUGGAUCAAGCAUUAUGGCAUCCAGAGUUUUGCAGUAACAGAGUGGCAAUCUUUGUUUUAGUCAAGAAAUCAAAAGUCGGAGUUGAAAAGUAUUAGAUGAGAUAAUUCCAACCAGUUGUUAAGUUUAGAUUUAGGCAGUUAAUCCCUGUUUAAACCUGCCCCCAUUUUGAUAUCUCCUACAAAGGAGAUGGCAGAGAUGGCAACUUGUUAUUUACAAAUACUUGUUUUGGAGAAAAUUAUUGAGAUCUUUAGACUCA